CUAUCACCGCUGUUCUCCUGGCCGGCAGGAGGCGGUAGAGCUCCUUCUGCUGAUUCACUCCUCUGUAUUAUUCUACACUGCUCUGUUCACUGUAUGAGCGAAGGGGAUCCUCUGCGCUUUGUUUACUGUGUUAAAAAGGCUUAUUAAAGAAGAACAGCGGGGUUUAACAGCAGGAAAAUGACUAAACUGGACCGUUUAAACUCUUUUCUGUCUGAGCGGCUGUCCGCCGCGCUGAAUGAGAUUAUCUACACGGUGAGCAUGACGAUGAAAGAGUACGAGGAGGAAACGGCGCGGAUACGGAAAGAAAACGACUAUCUGAAGGAAAUGCUAAAGGUUACAGGAGGAAGCGCAGCAGAGGAGAACCCGGGUGUGGUCAACUCUGCUGUGGUCUCCCCCAUGACUCAUGGACAGCAGGACCUCAACCCAAGCCUGGAGCAGGAAACAGAGACCCAGGAGAGCCAGAAUGAGCACCGAGGCCUAAAGGAAGAAAACUGUAGCAUCAUCAAAACAGAGCAGCCCUGCCCUUACCCUUCAGAAGCUGACGCAGAGCCUGAGACCAGGGAUGCCUCUGCCACACAGACAGACUACACCAUCGACCAGCUUCAGUCUAACCCUCACUCAAACACACAGGCUGUCGAUCAAGAGAUAAUUGACUACGAGUUGCCAGCAAAGAUCAAAACAGAGUUAGUUAACACAGACUCUCAUUCAGAUAGCGCUACAACGAACAUUGCAGACACAGCCCGACGGGCCUGGUCUCCACACAACUGGGAUAUAAUUCCAGAAAUAAACGACCAAAAUAGGCUACAACAAGCGGCUGCGUUUCAGCAGCUGUGUAGUAGUAUUGACGGACCUCCCUCUGCACAGCCUGGCCAACACAACAGACCGGUGGAGUUUCGAGCAGCGUUCAGCUACACAAACCGCGUCAUUUGCAAUAACACACUGCACUGUACCAGCAGACACUGUGAAAUGCAGAAGAGGACCAUAGCUAAAUCCAGUCCUGUGUGGAAGUAUUUCUCUCUGAAAGAGGGCGACUGCAGCAAGGCAGUGUGUCUCAUGUGCCAGGCAGUGAUUUCUCGUGGUGUUAAAGAGUACACAACGUCUGCUCUGUUAAAACACCUGCGAAUGAAACAUGGCAAAUGUUGAUGUUCAGAUUUUUCCUUAAGAUUUUUUUUUUACUGGUAUAAGUAUUGCAAAAAAAAUAUUUGCAAAUGAUCUGUAUUUAAUUCAAAAUUAUGUCUCAGCUGUAAAAUACAUUUUUCAUAUGUUGCUAAUUUCUUAAAAAUCCAUAAUUAUUUGUUCAUGUAAACAAAGUCUAAUAUGCUAAUUAUAGAGAGAAGCCCAGAGGUAAUCAUUUUAAAAACCCACUGUGAAAAUUCUAAAAACACCCCCAGAUUAAAGGUUCCAUAGAAUGGAUCAUUUUAUUUUACUUGGCAAAGUUUAGAAAUUAGAAUUAAGUACAUGGAAGUGACAUCCCAUGAGCUAACGCUGCACAAUUUAUUGUUUUAGCAUCUUAAUUGCAAUGGGUGCAUGCACAAUAGUCACAUCGCAGGAUGUGCAGUGUUGCGUAAGUCAACUCAUUUUCUAUCUACCAAUAACUAGAUUAUACCUGUCUAAUAUCAUUUUAAAUCUGCAUAUCACCAAAUUAAAACCCUGAACUGUAAUUUAACCUCUUUUAGCCUCUUCUUUGUAGUGUAUUUUUUUUCUGCCUCUUUUCUAGUCAGUUUACGUAAACAUUCAUUCCCAAUAUGUGCUUUAUUAACAGUGGUAAGCAUAACUUUACCUGACUGUGGUAGACAUGAGAGAUGUGCAGUCUGGGUUUCUGUGGGAGAACCAAGUCUUGCGACUGCUGCUGCGUAAGCAGGCAUCUCUAACCUGUUUUAUAAAUUUCUUGUGAUGAUGCUGUAAAAUCAGCUAUGGCUAUGCUAACACUGUGGUUGUAAAAAAUAAUUGACAUAUUAAAGUUUUACAAUAUUACCUUCUGCAAUUCUGUAUCGAUUUUCAAAAAUAUAGCAUCGAUUUUAAAAGUUUACAUUAUAAGUGGCAGACACUGACUCUGUGACCUCUAGAUAGAUUGUUUUUGUGAUCCUACUGUUCUAAUUGGAUGUAAAGUUAUUUAUUUUUCACUCAGAUUUUAUAAAUAUGAUGGUGUGUUUUUAUACCAUAACAAUUUUCCCCCUCAAAAUUUUAAUAUAUAUCGUCUUGCAUACAGUACCACAAUAUAUCUCAUUAUAUUGGACCUUAACCCCUAUAUCAGGAUCUGUAUCAUAUCGCCAGAUUUUUGCCAACCUUAGUGGAUUCUGUGUGAGCCAUAAAUGAGUCAUAAAUGCCAAUCAG